AUUUAAAAGCCUUCAAAAUUAAUAAAAACGCGCAAUCAGCUGGCCGCAAGUCGUUGACUAAAAUGGCUAUACAACUUGAUAAAAUUCUGGCAGACAUUGCCAAGGAGAAAGCGUUACAUCCAAACAAUGGCGGAGCUACCAAACAGGAGCAAGAAGACGCUUGGGGCAGGAUUGGGCGGCUCAACAAGCUUUCUGUGCACGAGUCGCGCUCCAUUUUUAUUGUGCUGCAGAAGAAGUACGAGCAGGAGAAGAUCAAGGGAAAUUCGACGUGGAAGCUAUUCAAUGUGAUGCACCAAAUACAUCAGGAACCCAAAGCGGCCGAGAAAGAAGAAGAUGACCAAAUGCCCAUGGACGAUGUGGAGGAGUAUGAGAUGCUGGAAGUGCAGGAGCAAGAGGAGGACGACGAAUCUUCCGCUCAUCAUCCGACCAACUCCACUGGCUCUGCUUCUUCAGAUGGGGAAAGCCCAGGCAAAUCGCAUAGCACCGGCUCGCCGGAGAAGGAUGAAAAGGUGUACUCAAAGACUAUAAUUGACACACCGCGUCCGGCUUUCGAAGAGAAAAAGUUGCUCAACACAAUGGCCAAUAACACUCCAAGGGCCACGACAAACAAUCCCGUUUCUAUGGCCGCCGCAGUAUUGCAGAAAAAGGGAAUUACCGUGAAGAAGACUCCCAGUUCGACUGGAGCUGCACUGAAAUCGGCGCCGACCCAGCCACAGAGUAACAGCAACAGAGCAACGUCAUCGUCGCGCACCACCAUCCAGUUGCCAGACUCUUUGAAGCGAAAGCUGUCGGAGGAGUAUUCAGGAUUAUCGCAGAAGAAGGUGGCGAAGACCCAGAGCACAAAACAGACCGCUAACACGGUGGCUGCUGCUUUAGCCGCUGCCAGCGUCCCCGAUCCCACAGUCACUUCAAACGUCGUCCACACAACCACUGCUCAGCUUAUGCAGGUAAAGAAGGAACGGGAAAACAGCCACUCGCCACCACCCGGCAUCAACAUCAUCACCGUGCCGGCGUCACAACAGAUCAACGGCGCUGGUCCAACAUCCUCGACAGCUGCCACCGUUGCCUCCACUUCAGUGGCCUCCACCAACGGCUACUCGCCACACAUCGAAGAACUGGACUUCAAGAACGACAUUAUCUUUGAUUCAAAGCUAAACACAAACUCCAACGCCCCAGAAAUUAUCAACUUGGGUAACUUUGACCAGUCGCUGCCGCCGACAUUUUUCAAGAAUUUGUGCAACUCUUCGCGCCACGAGGCCCUUGGAUUAUAUGUUGCCAAUGUGAUGAACCGAAUCUCGACACGUGCCGCCGCCAAACUAGAGUUGGGUAUCUUGCGCACCAUUCUCGAUGUUCAGAGUGACGAGCUGGACCAGUAGUUCCAGAUAAUAUGAGUAAUAUAUGACCUAUUUAAGUCAACUUAAUUAUUAGAAGUACUAGAAGGUAUUAAUGUAGGGCGGAUUCCCUACUUCCGUAUAAUUUCUAUUUCUAUUUGGAGCCUGCGUUGAGGUGAUGCGUGAAAUCACUUCUACAAGGGCAUUUCCAGCCAUUACCCUCGAUAUUGAGUUGGAAAUUGGUUUCAUCCUUCAAAGUCGCUUCAAUUGGAUAUUUUAAAAUAAUUUAAAACUUAUGUUUACCCGCAGUACGAUUUUAUGACCCCAUGUUCCACUUCAUUUUCAAAUAAGUUUAUACUCUAAUAAAAAUACAUAUGGGACUCACUUGAAA